AUGGAACAUUUGUGUGUGACCUGUACUCGGUCUUUGAGACGGCAGCGAGUGAGACAUGAAGUGUCAAUACCCAUAUUAGAAGCAAGACCACGUUUUGCUGAAUAUAUUUUGGAGCAUAUGAGAAUAGACCAGGCCCUAUUGAAUGAUCGGCAACAAAUUUGCCAUCGUUGCUGGGUGGCUGCUACUCGACAUGAGGCGAGAUUAAACGAACUUGACAUGGAACCUCAAGAUUUACCCCACAAUCCGGAACAACCGUCAGUUGAUGUUAUGUCUAUAACUGGUUACAAAAGAUCUGCAAUUACAUCCAACAGCUGUCUUUUCCCGAAUUGCAGGGCAGAUAAUCCAGUAAGAGUACCACGUUUUAUAAAAUCUCGGAUGUUAGUGGAAUAUAAGUUAUAUAUUCCACCAAGUGCCCGCAUCUGUCACGUUCAUUUGACUUUAAACGAAUGGAAUGAGUUAGAGGAGCUGAAUAAUUCGUCUUUUACGGCUGAACAUUUAAAGGACAUGCUAGAUAUGUUAAGAGAUGCCUGCCAACAAUCUCGAUUUAAUUUCGACAAUAUUGAAUCUAUAACAACAUCUGAGCUUCAUUUUUGUACGGGUCUAAAUCAUGAAGAAUUCAACAGACUUCUGGAGCAGACGCCUUCUAUAUCCCAACGCUCGCAACGUCCUAAAACUGUUCUCGGAGCUUAUUUAAUGAAAAUAAGAACGGGAGAACCAAAUGAACGAUUAUCAAGCCGUUUAGACAUGAGCCGGCGUAGUUUGGAGCGAAAAUUGGAGUUAGCACGUGAAUGUUUAACAAAUGAGUUUGUUCCUCGUCAUCUCGGAUGGGACCACAUUAGCCGUGAAGAAAUUGUAGCAAGAAACUCAACAAUUCCAAAUGCUAUAUUUGGUGUUGACAAUGAAGUGCCACCAGCCAUUUUGAUAUGCGACGGAACCUACAUUUACAUCCAGAAAAGUAGUAAUUUUUUGUUUCAGAAGCAAUCAUAUAGUCUGCACAAAUUCAGAAACCUGCUAAAACCUUUUCUAUUAAUAUGCACAGAUGGCUACAUAGUAGAUGUGACUGGCCCUCAUGCUGCUACGACUUCAGAUGCGACGAUAAUGAAUGCCUAUGUAGCGGUACAUUUAUUGUAA